GGUUGUUGGACUUGAACUAAAACUAAAAUAUGGAAUUACUAUAUCUCUGUCUUCUCUCUUCUACUUCUCUCUAAGCAAGUCUACAACUACAAGUGCAGCAAGCAAUUAUCUCAAACUUUUUGAUUCUCAAACUCCCUUUAAAACAAUGGCGAUUUCUAAUUAUACAAACCCCAAAAUAUUCCUCCAACAAAUUCCUCCAAAAAUAGCAUCUUUAUCAAAAAGUAAAUGUUGGAGCUUAAACUUUUCUGAAAAUGGGUCACUAUUUAAAGCAAUCAAACCUUUAACUGCAGUAUCCAUAAAUGGCGGCGGAGAGCAGGAGAAAUCAGUGAAAUGUCAAGUGUCGAAUGACACAGAGUGGGGAGAAGAGGGGGAGGAGAGAGAAAGAAGUGGGUAUUUGUCAUCUUCAUUAGAGAAGGAAGAGCAAUUUGUAAGAUGGUUUAGAGAAGCUUGGCCUUAUUUUAGGGCUCAUAGAAAUGUCACUUUUGUCAUUAUCAUUUCUGGUGAAAUGGUUGCUAGUCAUUUCUUAGACCCUUUAUUAAAGGACAUAUCUCUACUGCAUGGAUUAGGGAUCAGAUUUGUGAUUGUUCCUGGUACUCAUGUGCACAUUGACAAGCUUUUGGCUGAGAGAGGAAGCGAGGCUCGGUAUGUUGGGCCAUACAGGAUUACCGACUCUGAUUCCCUUGAGGCAGCUAUGGAAGCAGCUGGAAGAAUACGUAUAGUGAUAGAAUCAAAACUUGCUGCUGGACCUUCGCUUUGUAACAUUCGUAGACACGGCGAAAAUAGUCGAUGGCAUGAUGUUGGUGUAAGCGUUGCAAGUGGAAACUUUCUGGCAGCUAAGAGAAGAGGAGUUGUGAAGGGUAUUGAUUAUGGGGCAACUGGAGAAGUCAAGAAAGUAGAUGUUGCUCGCAUAUGUGAGAGGCUUGAUGCGGGGUGCAUAGUGCUUCUAAGUAAUCUGGGUUAUUCCAGCUCUGGAGAAGUACUAAAUUGCAAUACGUAUGAGGUUGCUACUGCUUGUGCCCUUGCUCUUGGUGCUGAGAAGCUAAUUUGCAUAAUUGAUGGGCCUAUAUUGGAUGACUCUGGACAUCUUAUCCGGUACCUCAGCCUUCAUGAUGCGGACAAGCUUAUUCGUCAACGAGCUAAGCAAAGCGAGGUUGCUGCUAACUAUGUCGAGGCUGUUAGUCAGGAAGAUUUCAAAAAUCAGGAGCAGUAUCAGUUCACUGAUACGGUCCCAUCAUUGUUAAAUGGGAAAAGCAAUGCAAUAUUUCAGAAUGGUCUUGGUUUUGACAAUGGAAAUGGACUAUGGUAUGGCGAGCAAGGUUUUGCUAUAGGUGGUCAAGAGAGGCUUAGCAGGCUAAAUGGCUACCUUUCAGAACUGGCAGCUGCAGCUUUUGUAUGCAAAGGUGGUGUGCAAAGAGUACAUCUAUUAGAUGGAACAAUUGGUGGAGUUCUUUUAUUAGAACUUUUCCAGAGAGAUGGAGUGGGGACAAUGGUAGCAAGCGAUGUUUAUGAGGGAACACGAAUGGCUAGGGAGGCUGACUUUGCUGGAAUAAGACAGAUACUCCAACCUUUAGAAGAUUCUGGCACAUUGAUUCGGCGGACUGAUGAAGAUUUACUUGCAACGAUCGGUUCUUUCAUCGUUGUGGAAAGAGAAGGUCAGAUCAUUGCUUGUUCUGCCCUUUUCCCAUUUUUUGAGGAGAGAUGUGGGGAAGUUGCUGCCAUUGCUGUUUCUCCUGAAUGCCGUGGACAAGGACAGGGUGACAAGUUACUAGAUUAUAUUGAGAAGAAGGCAUCAUCCCUUGGAUUAGAAAUGCUUUUUCUGCUUACAACACGCACUGCAGACUGGUUCGUAAGGCGUGGAUUUUCAGAGUGCACCAUCGAUUGCUUACCGGAAGAAAGAAGGAAAAGGAUUAAUUUGUCACGCAACUCUAAAUAUUAUAUGAAAAAGCUGGUGCCAGACAGGAGCGGGAUAGCUGUUAGAUGAUCAGCCUUGUAGAUUUUGAAAAGAAAGAAGAUGUAUGCUUAACGACUAGGUUCCUUUGAGACAAUUCCAAAUGCAAUUUUGUAGAAAUAGCUCAUGUUAGCGUACAUAGUCGAUCACCAGAUGCAGGCUGUUUGUAUUGGCUGGUGCUGCUGCUGCUGCUGCUGAUGAUGAUGAUGAUGAUUUGAAUAAGAAAUAAGUAUUUGUAUGUAUGAAUAUGCCAUGUAGUUACAAUUGUGCAUACAAGUUUUUAUCGUUAAUUGUUAAAUUUAAACUCUAAUGUUUUUGGGCAAAGCUAUAGUGACUCUGAUUAGUCACAGACUCCCAGGUCAUUGUACCCUGGUGUCUGGACCCAUCGUAUUAUAAGAAAGUGGAAAUAUCUAUAUCUGGAUCAUGCAAA